AUGGAAAAAGAUCAGCGGUAUACCGGUGACCACAACAGACAACCUGGUAAUACCGAGACCUCAUCACACCCCUACUCCCGUCCAGAUCAGAGGUAUAACUGUGACCACAACAGACAACCUGGUAAUACCGACCCCCUUCAUCACACCCCUACUCCCCGUCCAGAUCAGCGGUAUACCGGAGACCACAACAGACAACCUGGUAAUGCCGACCCCCUCAUCACACCCUUACUCCCCGUCCAGAUCAGCGGUAUAGCGGUGACCACAACAGACCACCUGGUUAUACCGAACCCUCCUCACACCCCUACUCCCGUCCAGACCAACGAUCAGCGGUAUAACUGUGAUCACAACAGACAACCUGGAAAUGCCGACCCCCUCCUCACACCCUUACUCCCCGUCCAGAUCAGCGGUAUAGCGGUGACCACAACAGACCACCUGGUUAUACCGAACCCUCCUCACACCCCUACUCCCGACCAGAUCAGCGAUCAGCGGUAUAGCGGUGACCACAACAGACCACCUGGUUAUACCGACCCCCUCAUCACACCCCUACUCCCCAUCCAGAUCAGCGGUAUAGCGGUGACCACAACAGACCACAUGGUUAUACCGACCCCCUCAUCACACCCCUACUCCCGUCCAGAUAAGUGGUUUAGCGGUGACCACAACAGACCACCCAGUUAUACAGACCCCCUCAUCACACCCUUACUCCCCAUCCAGAUCAGCGGUAUAGCAGUCAUAGCAACAGACCACAUGGUUAUACCGACCCCCUCAUCACACCCCUACUCCCGUCCAGAUCAGCGGUAUAGCAGUUAUAGCAACAGACCACCUGGUUAUAUAUACCCCCUCAUCACACCCCUACUCCCCGUCCAGAUCAGCGCAUCUCCCACCCCUGCUGGUAACCCGGACACAACAUAUCCCACCCUUGCUGGUAACCCGGACACAACAUAUCCCACCCUUGCUGGUAACCCGGACACAACAUCUCCCACCCUUGCUGGUAACACGGACACAACAUCUCCCACCCUUGCUGGUAACCCGGACACAACAUAUCCCACCCUUGCUGGUAGCCCGGACACAACAUAUCCCACCCUUGCUGGUAACCCAGACACAACAUAUCCCACCCUUGCUGGUAGCCCGGACACAACAUAUCCCACCCUUGCUGGUAACCCGGACACAACAUAUCCCACCCUUCCUGGUAGCCCGGACACAACAUAUCCCACCCUUGCUGGUAACCCGGACACAGCAUAUCCCACCCUUGCUGGUAACCCGGACACAACAUAUCCCACCCUUGCUGGUAACCCGGACACAACCCGGACAGCAUCUCCCACCCUUGCUGGUAACCCGGACACAACAUCUCCCACCCUUGCUGGUAACCCGGACACAACAUAUCCCACCCUUGCUGGUAACCCAGACACAACCCGGACAGCAUCUCCCACCCUUGCUGGUAACCCGGACGGACAACAUAUCCAACCCUUGCUGGUAACCCGGACACAACAUAUCCCACCCUUGCUGGUAACCCGGACACAACAUAUCCCACCCUUGCUGGUAACCCGGACACAACCCGGACAGCAUCUCCCACCCCUUGCUGGUAACCCGGACACAACAUAUCCCACCCUUGCUGGUAACCCGGACAUAACAUAUCCCACCCUUGCUGGUAACCCAGACACAACCCGGACAGCAUCUCCCACCCUUGCUGGUAACCCGGACACAACAUAUCCCACCCUUGCUGGUAACCCGGACACAACAUAUCCCACCCUUGCUGGUAGCCCGGACACAACAUAUCCCACCCUUGCUGGUAACCCGGACACAACAUAUCCCACCCUUGCUGGUAGCCCGGACACAACAUAUCCCACCCUUGCUGGUAACCCGGACACAGCAUAUCCCACCCUUGCUGGUAACCCAGACACAACAUCUCCCACCCUUGCUGGUAACCCGGACACAACAUCUCCCACCCUUGCUGGUAACCCGGACACAACAUAUCCCACCCUUGCUGGUAACCCAGACACAACCCGGACAGCAUCUCCCACCCUUGCUGGUAACCCGGACACAACAUAUCCCACCCUUGCUGGUAACCCGGACACAGCAUAUCCCACCCCUGCUGGUAACCCGGACACAACAUAUCCCACCCUUGCUGGUAACCCGGACACAACCCGGACAGCAUCUCCCACCCUUGCUGGUAACCCGGACACAACAUAUCCCACCCUUGCUGGUAACCCGGACACAACAUAUCCCACCCUUGCUGGUAACCCAGACACAACCCGGACAGCAUCUCCCACCAUUGCUGGUAACCCGGACACAACAUAUCCCACCCUUGCUGGUAACCCGGACACAACAUAUCCCACCCUUGCUGGUAACCCGGACACAACAUAUCCCACCCUUGCUGGUAACCCGGACACAACAUAUCCCACCCUUGCUGGUUACCCGGACAUAACAUAUCCCACCCUUGCUGGUAACCCGGACCUAUCAUAUUCCACCCUUGCUGGUAACCCGGACACAGCAUCUCCCACCCUUGCUGGUAACCCGGACACAACAUAUCCCACCCUUGCUUGUAACCCGGACCUAUCAUAUCCUACCCUUGCUGGUAACCCGGGCCUAUCAUAUCCCACCCUUGCUGGUUACCCGGACACAACAUAUCCCACCCUUGCUGGUAACCCGGACACAGCAUCUCCCACCCUUGCUGGUAACCCGGACACAACAUAUCCCACCCUUGCUUUUAACCCGGACACAGCAUAUCCUACCCUUGCUGGUAACCCGGACCUAUCAUAUCCCACCCUUGCUGGUUACCCGGACACAACAUAUCCCACCCUGCUGAUUACAAAGUCAGAGUGGGAGUGGUUAUUGUACUCCAGUCUCCAGUCCCCACUCUCCAAUCUGCAGUCUCCAGUCUGCAAGUCUCCCGUCUCCCGUCACCCGUCUCCCGCCUCCCGUCUCCCGUCUCCAGUCUCGUCUCCAGUCUCGUCACCAGUCUCCAGUCUCCCGGUCUCCCAGUCUCUAGUUUCCCAGUCUCCCAGUCUCCAGUCUCCCUGUCUCUAG